AUGCCUCGUCCGGUGGACAUGCCGCAUCGCAGUCGCAAGAGCUACGACGACCGCAACUACGACAAUCGGCGGGAGAGUAGUUCCGGCUCGAAACGCUAUAGCACGCCCGGAUCUUAUGUGAAGGUCAGCUAUCGAGAUGCGUACGGACAUGGCCGUUCGAGCAAUGGGGAUUAUCGAAAACACAAUGGUCGACAUCACGACGACUAUAAGCGAAGAGAUCGGGAUCGAGAUCGGGAACGGAGGAGCAAGGAAAAAGAGAAUAAAAAGCCAAAGGAGGUGAGUGUAUUAUAAAUUAUUUGUUCGAUGUUUAGAUAUCAAAAAAUGGAUGCGUUAGCUGCCUCAUUCUCUUACCUUGUCCUAUGGCUUGAUUUUAAAAGAGAAUUUUGUUUAAAUUCACCCGAAAUGUUAAAUUUCGAGCUAAAUUUAUAUGAAUUUGCCUAAAGUUACCUAAAAUAAGGUGAAAUUCAUUGAAACUCCUCCUAUAACAAUGUGAAAUCUCUAUUAUUACCUCUCUUUCAGCUCUUGCCAGUCGAAGAAAUGGCUGAUUUGGUUGAGAAGAAAAUUAAAAAAGAAGAUUUUGUGAUUUUUGUUAGUGAGACCGGCUCUGGAAAGAGUACGAAAAUUCCGCAGAUUGUUAUCGACCGCGUCUUCAAAGACGAUCCCACAGCCAAAGUAGCUGUUUCUCAGCCGAGACGAGUUGCUGCGUUGAACUUGGCGAGGAGAGUUGCUCAUGAACGGAACUGCGAAGUUGGAGACGAGGUGGGUAUCAUGAUUUAUAUGAUUUUGUUGAUGUUUAGGGUAAAAUACGGAUCACGGAACUUCGCAAUUGUAGAGAAUGUGCUUGUGCUUAAAUUGAGCUUCUUUUCAAGCCAUUUUAAAUGGUUUAUACCCUCUUUUUGGCGAAAAAAUAUCAAAAAUUUCUCAAGGAAAGUGCUUUUAUGGGGUAUGGAGUUACAGGUCGAGAGAUAUAUCAAAAAAAUCGCAAAAUUUUUCUGAUUCAAAAUAUGUAAAAAUUAGCUGCCCAAUUUUGGUUUGUAAGGGUGAAAAAGCCCUCUGAACUUUUCUCGCAACACCACGCAAAUGCCUUUUUGACCAAGUUUUUACCAAUUCCAAAGCUGUGUUUUGAGCUAAAGUAAACCUUGGCAUCAUUGACAAGCCUUAAAAUACCAAAUUUAAUUAAUACUACACCUUAAUAAAUCUCCUCUUUGUUAUAUUGGAUCAACUAAUAAAGGUGUAGUAUUAAUCAAAUUCGGUAUUUUAAGGCUUGUCAAGGUGCCAGGAUUUACCUUACAGCUCAAAAACAAUCUUUUGGUUUGGUAAAAACUUGCUCAAAAAGGCGUUUGCAUGGUGUUGCGAGAAAAGUUCUGAGGGGGUUUUUCGCCCUUACAAACCAAAAUUGAGCAGCUAAUUUUUACAUAUUCUGAAUCAGAAAAAUUUUGCGAUUUUUUUGAUAUAUCUCUCGACUUGUAACUCCAUACCCCAUAAAAGCAGUUUCCUUGUGAAAUUUUUGAUAUUUUUUGGCCAAAAAAGAGGGUAUAAACUAUUUAAAAUGGCUUGAAAAGAAGCUAAAUUUAAGCGCUGGCUUGCGAAGUUCCGUGCAGAGAUUGCCACGGUCAAAAUUUUGGCUCCGGCUCUUAGCUCCCAGAGCCGGAGCACGAGGCCAAUUUUGCAGCUCCGGCUCUUGGCUCCGUGCAAAAUUUAAAAAGGCCUCCGGCUCCGAAUCCCGGCUCCUAUGCAAAAUGUUUUUUAAAAAUAUUUUUCCAAAAAUAAAAGUUAUUAGUGCCAGAGAUAGCCAACGUUUCUGCAGUCAAGCCGCAUCCUCCGCAGUGUUUUUCAAGCAAUUUGGUUUAACAAGAUCACGAAAUUUUUUACUUUUCUGACCGCUGGGAAGCCUGGCUCCGACUUUGGGCUCGGGAGCCGGAGCCAAGAGCCGGCUCCGGAGCCGUGGCAAUCUCUGCUCUCGACCUGUAACUCCAUACCUCAUAGAAGCACUUUCGUUGUCAAAUUUUGCUCUGAGUUUGUGAUUUUCAGGUGGGAUACAAGUUCAGAUUUGAGAAUGAGACGUCGGAAAAAACGAGGAUCACGUACAUGACGGAUGGAAUUUUGCUGCGAGAGAUUUUAUACGACAAAGAACUCAAAAAUUACAAGUGCGUGAUCAUCGAUGAGGUCCAUGAACGAAGUGUGGACACGGAUAUUCUCCUCUUUUUGCUCCAGCGACUACGCAAAAGAAGCAAUUUGAAAAUAAUUUUGAUGUCCGCUUAUAUGGAUGUGGAAGGUCUAAAACAGUACUACAAUGGAGUGGAGGCGUAUUUCAUCCCUGGAAGGUCAUUCGAAAUUGAAGUAGGUAGAAAUUUGAGUGAUUUUUGGUAAUUUUUAGCGAAAUUUUGGAUAGAAUUUUGGAAAAUUUUGAGGGUUUUCAGAAAUUUUUACCUUAUUUUAGGCAGAAAUUUGAGAAAAAGUUUGUUUUUGAAAAAAUUGAAGAAAUCCCUGGCUAGUUUACGGUUUAAUAUGGUGGCUUAUGAUUUUAUGGUUGAUUUUACGGUAGUUUAAGUGGCAGGGGCUUUUGUUUUAGACAUAAAAUUUAUAUUUUCACCUUAUUUUAGGUAGAAUUUUAGAUUUUUAAAAAAAAAAUUGUUUUUUUUUUGAAAUUAAGCUUUUCUCUUGUAACUGGUAUUUAUUGCUGCUUUAUGGCCUGAGCUUUUGUUUUUGGGCAAGAAGUUUGUGUCCGGACAUUAGAAAAAUUUGAUAAAAAAGGUGAUUUUUCCUCUAAGUAAGGUAAAUAAAUCUAGUUUUUAGUCGAAAUUGCCAAGUUUCACAAGGAAAGUAGUUAUAUGGGGUAUGGAGUUACAGGUCGAGACAUAUAUCAAAAAAUCGCAACACUUUUCUGAUUCAGAAUAUGUAAAAAUUAGCUACCCAAGUUUGGUUUUUAAGGGCGAAAAAACCCUCAGAACUUUUCCCGCAACACCACACAAAUGCCUUUUUGCCCAAGUUUUUAUCAAAUCAAAUGUUUUGUUUUGAGCUAAAGUAAACCCUGACAUCUUGACAAGCCUUAGAAUAUCAGGUUUGAUUAAUACUCCACCUUAAUUGGUAGUUCCAAUGUAAAAAAUAAUCAAAUUUGAUACUUUAAGGCUUGUCAAGAGGGUUCACUUUAGCUCAAAACAAAACUUUUGAAUUGGUAAAAACUUGGUUAAAAAGGCAUUUGCGUGGUGUUGUGAGGAAAGUUCCGAGGGUUUUUCGCCCUUACAAGCCAAAACUGGGCAGCUAAUUUUUACAUAUUCUGAAUCAGAAAAAUUUUGCGGUUUUUUUUGAUAUAUAACUCGACCUGUAACUCCAUACCCCAUAGAGGUACUUUCCUUGUGAAACUUGGCAAUUACGACUAAAAGCUAGAUUUAUUUACCUCAUUUAGAGGAAAAAUCACUUUUUUUAUCAAAUUUUUCUAAUGUCCGGACACAAAUUUCUUGCCUAAAACCAAGAUUCGACGCUCCUCCGAAUGAAUAACUUGACCUGUAACUUCAUAGCCUAUAGAAGAACUUUCCUUGUAAAAAAAUUUUUGAUAAAAAAGCGGGUUUUCCUCAAAAUAAGCCAAAUAAAUGUGGUUUUUGGUCUUCAUUGCCACGUUUCAGACCCACUUUCUUCCCCAACCCGCCGACGACUACCUCGAUCUGACGUUGCGGACGGUCUAUCAACUGCAUCAGUCAGAGCCCACCACUCACGCCUUCCUCGUCUUCCUCACCGGCCAAGAGGAAAUUGUCUCCGCGCUGAGAGCGUUGAGAAAAGCCAUCCCCGACGCGGACAUUAUCGCCUUCUACGCCGCCUUGGGACAUGAUCGCCCGAAGAUCUUCGAGGUCUCCAAGGAACGCCGGAAAAUUGUGAUCGCGACGAAUAUCGCGGAAACUUCGAUCACAAUCCCCGAUGUCAGAGUGGUGGUGGACUGUGGAAAGGUGAAACAAAAGUGAGUUUGCGCGAAAAUACGUUGGUAAGGGAGAUUUUGUAGGUUUUAGCGAGGAAAACGUCUGUUUUGCCGUUUUUUCGGGGAUUUUUGCAAUUUUCAGAGCAAAAAUAGCGUUGACGAAGGGGAAAAUUGUUGUGAAUUGAAAGUGUGAGGCAUGUAGGAUCUGGAAAUCACAUUAUUAUAAUGAGGGUUACUGUAAUUUUUUCGAAAUUUUGAGAUUUUCGUUAAGAAGUCGGGAUUUUUGGAAAUUUUUGAUUUUUUUUGUUUAAAAACGGUUGAAAUGUGGUUGAAUUUGAAAGGAAAUAGUAUUUCAGGGUACUGUAGCUUCUAUUAUUAACAGUUUUAUUCCGAGGAAUACUGUAAUUUUUUCAAAAUUUUCAGAUUUUGGUCAAGAAGUCGGGAUUUUUGGAUAUUUUUAUUUUUUUUUGUUGAAAAAGAGUUGAAAUGUGGUUGAAAUUGAAUGGAAAUAAUAGUUUGGGGUACUGUAGCUUCUGUUAUUAACAUUUUUGUUCCUGGGGAUACUGUAAUUUUUCAGGAAAUAAUUUUUUUGACAAAAAGUUUCGGUUUUUUGGGAAACUUGAAUUUUUUGCUGAAGGUGAAAGUAAAACAGGGUAAAAAAGAAGUCAGAUUAUACUGUAACAUGCAAGAAUCUGUAAUAUAACCUUUCCCAGAUGGACCACCAAGAAUCUGCGGCUGGAUCAGCUCGUAAUCAACGACGUCUCCAAAGCCCAGGCCAUUCAAAGAGCCGGCCGUGCGGGCCGCACCGGCCCCGGCAAGUGCUUCCGCCUCUACACGAAGCAACAAUACGACGCAUUCUUGGACCAGACCGUCCCCGAAGUGGAGCGCUGCAACCUCAGCCACGUGACGAUGAUGCUAAUCGACAUGGGUUUUGCCAAGCUCUCCAAAAUCAAACUCUUGAAUAACCCGCCGAAGACGGCGUGGGCCGAAGCUCUUUUUGAACUGUAUUCCUUGCAUCUGAUCCAAUUGUUCGAUGGACUUCACAAAAGAGAACGCCGAGAGUUUUACGACAUGAGCGAUGACGAAAAAGUGGAGUAAGUAGGGUAAAAUAAUGUGAAAAUUUUGUAAGAGAAGUGAAUUGGGGGCUUGAAGGGGAUGUAAAAUACGCAAACGACGUUUAUGAGUGCAGUUUGAGCGAUUUCCCGUUGAUUUGCGAGGUUUUUGAUGUUGGCGAGCUGCGCCCGAGCUUGGCUUUUGUUUCUCUGUGUUUUAUGGGAUUAAAGAGUGCAAUAUUGUCGUAGAAGUAGCAGAAUGUGAUUUUUAAUCAAAUUUGCACUACUUUUUGAUAUUGGAGCCUCGGCAGCUCGCGCCCUACAAAAUUUUUUAAUCCGCAGCCUGCGCCCACAAAAAUGGCGAAUAGUGGAUUAGACUGAUUUUGAAUGUCAUAAACCAAAUUCUGCAGACAAACCUACGCCCUAACAAGCGCCGGCAACAAGAUUCGACCACUCCCGGUGACCCCACAACUCGGCCAUUUCAUACUACAAUGCGCGAAAGAGGAGAUCACACAGACCGGCAUUCAGAUCGCGUGCUUAUGCUCCAUCACGGAAGAGAUGUUUUUGAGCUUGAGGGAGGACAUGGACGAAGCAACGAAAGCACGAAUCCAACAUGAACGGGACAGCUUACUGAAGAACAACACAUCAGACUUGGUGGCCAUCAUGAAGAUCAUCAAAAUGAACAGGAAAAUGGAUGAAAAGGAAUGGGUGAGUGGGGAAUUUGGGCUGGGCUGAAUGUGCUUUAUCUAGAUUUGAUUCGAUUUUGGAUGAAAUUUGAGAUUUUUGUAUUGGCAGCUCGUGCCCUAGGUUAGAGGGAAUUUUGUCGUUUGAAGGGAAAUUUUGGGCAAAAAUGCGGUUAAGGGUUAUGUCUGGAGCAUCGGAAUGUUUUUUAAAGUCGAAAUUUUUGAUUUUGAAACAUUUUUUCCACGCAGCCUGCGCCCUGGCUUUAAUCAAAGCUUUUGCGACAGAGUCGGAAUUCUCGGAUUGUAGCCGUAAAUUUAUGUUGAACUGUUCAUAAAAGGAAAGUAUGGCGAUCUAUUUUGUAUGCUCGAAUUUUUUUCUAUUAUCAGCCGCAGGUCGCGUCCUAUUUUAAUAUUUUUUUUUGGAUUUUUGAGAUUUUUAUUAGAAAUUUGGAUGACUUAAUUUGUUUUCAGAAGAAACGCGAAAAAGACAAGCAGUUGAAUCCAAAAUUCUUCAAAGAAAUUACGCAGCUGCGCCGACAGCUUACAGUCCAAUGUGAGAGUAAAAAAGUUUGUGAUCCCAAGAAGGACAAACUGUUUGGACAAGAGCUGGAGAAACCGUUGAAGUAAGUUUUGUUCAGUGGAAUUGAUAAAAAAGAAAUUUUUAAGUCAGGUCUUGAAAAAAAAUAAAAUUUUUUUACAAAAAAAUACUUCUGUGGGGUAUGGAGUUACAGGUCGACAUAUAUAUCAAAAAAACAUCGCAAAUUUUUUCUGAUUCAGAAUAUGUAAAAAUUAGCUGCCCAAUUUUGGUUUGCAAGGGCGAAAAACCCCUCAGAACUUUUCUUGCAACACCACGCAAAUGCCUUUUUGACCAGGGGCCUGUUUCAUCAACGAAAAAUAAAUAAAAUAAACGAAAGGGAAAGCGAGAGAACAUCCAAAACACGUUUCGAAGCGAGAGAGUCGCGACAGAUUAGUAGAGACCAUCUAUAGAGCGGCGCAUUUAUCACAGCGAUCGGAGUGACUUUUUACGUCCAAAACGGGGGGUUCUCAGCAGUAAUCAGUGGAUAACUCGGCUCCCGGUGGUCAUAGAGUCACCCUUCCAAAAACCAAAUAAAGCUAUUCCCUAGAGCUACGUGAUAUCCAAAUUUCAUAUUUAUACUUCAAAAAAUGAACUCAGUAGACACCUAGUAGAUCGUAGUAUUCAACUUUUUUGACGUUUUUUUCUGAAAACCAUUAUUUUUUCAGACAAUUUUUAACAUAAUGGGAUAAAAUUGGUAUCAGUCGAUAGCCAAACCUUUACUCUACAAAACUUUUUUAGAGGGGCGGUUUACUUCAAAAAAUGAACUCGGUAGACACCUAGUAGAUCACAGUAUUUAGGCUUUUUUUACGUUUCUUCGGGAAAAACCUUUGUUUUUCACUCAGUCUUUAACAUAAUGGGAUAAAAUUAGUACCAGUCGAUAGCCCAACGUCUAAUCUAUAAAAAAUUUUUAGAGGGGCGGCUUCUUUUGCCCUGUGGCCUGCGAAACGUUCAAUUUCGUGAGACGAUGUCUUCUAUUUGCGUAAAAAGUCCUUCGAUCGUUUCCGAAAAAACCAAAAGAGAGGAAAAGCGCCCUCGAAACGCGAUGGUUUUUUGUGUCAAAAACGGUGGUUCAUGACAGUAAACAUAGACGUUUCGCAGGCCACAGGGCAAAAGAAGCCGCCCCUCUAAAAAUUUUUUAUAGAUUAGACGUUGGGCUAUCGACUGGUACUAAUUUUAUCCCAUUAUGUUAAAGACUGAGUGAAAAACAAAGGUUUUUCCCGAAAAAACGUAAAAACAGCGUAAAUACUGUGAUCUACUAGGUGUCUACCGAGUUCAUUUUUUGAAGUAAACCACCCCUCUAAAAAAGUUUUAUAGAUUAGACGUUGGGCUAUCGACUGGUACCAAUUUUAUCCCAUUAUGUUGAAAACUGACUGAAAAAAUAACGUUUUUCAGAAAAAACCGUAAAAAAACUUGAAUACCACGAUCUACUAGGUGUCUAUUGAGUUCAUUUUUUGAAGUAUAAAUAUGAAAUUUCGAUAUCCCGUAGCUGUUGGUAAUAGCUUUAUUUGGAUUUUGGAAGGGUGAUUCUACGACCACCGAGAGCCGAGUUAUCCACUGAUUACUGUAGAGAACCCCCCGUUUUGGACGUAAAAAGUCACUCCGAUCGCUCUGAUAAAUGCGCCGCUCUAUAGAUGGGUCUCUACUAAUCCGUCGCGACUCUCUCGCUUCGAAACGUGUUUUGGGUGUUCUCUCGCUUUCUCUUUCGUUUAUUUUAUUUAUUUUUCGUUGAUGAAACAGGCCCCAGGUUUUUACCAAAUCAAAAGCUUUGUUUUGAGCUAAAGUAAACCCUGGCAUCUUGACAAUCCUUAAAAUAUCAAAUUUGAUUAUCAGUCUGUCGGAAAAAUAACGGUGCGUCAUCGCAACGAGAUGUCUCGUCUCGUCGAAAAAAGGGUGCAAAUCCCCAACUGCGGCUUGCCGUCGCAAAGCGAUGAAAUGCGAUUCCGGGGCGCGACAAUCCGCCGUUAUUUUCCCGACGGACUGGAAAUACUACACCUUAAUCAGUAGUUCUAAUGUAAAAAAGGGCGUUUUUACAUUGGAACUACUAAUUAAGGUGUAGUGUUAAUCAAAUCUGAUGUUUGUAAGGCUUGUCAAGAUGCCAGGGUUUACUUUAGCUCAAAAACAAAGCUUUUGAAUUGGUAAAAACUUGGUCAAAAAGGCAUUUGCGUGGUGUUGCGGGAAAAGUUCUGAGGGGGUUUUCGCCCUUUCAAACCAAAAUUAGGCAGCUAAUUUUUACAUAUUCUGAAUCAGAAAAAUUUUGCGGUUUUUUUGAUAUAUCUCUCGACCUGUAACUCCAUACCGCAUAGAAGUACUUUCCUUGUAAAAAAAAAUAAAUAAAUUUUUCGAAAUUUUAGCAAAGCAAUUGUCGAAAGCUUCUUCCUCAACACGUGCAUCCAAACCAACGACAAAGAACACACCUACUACUUGCUGCUAGACCCCUCGGUGAAGCUGAAAAUCCACCCCAGCUCGAUUUUAAUGCAGAAAUACCCGAAGAUGUUCGUCUUCAACGAACUGGUCAAAACCAACGAAAACUACGCGAAAUUAAUACACCCCAUCGACCCCGAGCUCCUACUUGACAAACUGAAAACUCUGGAUAUCCCCGGAUUACUCGAGAGAAUCAAAGGAGGCUAG